AUGCGAGACACUCAGGGCUACCAAGAUGACAUGGUUUCGGAGCGGCUCAGCCUUUGGCUAAAUUCUUGGUGGCAAGCCGGUGCAUUCCCAUCCUCAGCCACGCUGCGCAACCCUUACGAGACUCCAAACCAAAAAUUCAUUGACGACACAUCUAUCAGCCAGAACUUUUGGAUGAUGGCAGCAAACGCGACUUUCUCGAGCAAAUUCCCUGUUUACCAAAAGAACACCGCUUGGAUCAUCACACAACUCUUCGCCUCCACCGUAUUGCUCCUUGUGGGCAUACUGAACAUCGCUAUCUAUUUGACAACACUGGCCCCAGACUAUUUCACAUACGUCUCAGCCUUCACACGCGACAACCCAUACGUCAAAGUUCCCGAAGGUGGCAGCGGCCUUGACGGCUCUGAGCGUAGCCGGCUUCUGCGGAAGAUGAAAGUGCAGAUUGCGGAUGCGAAUCCGGAAAGCGACGUUGGCUACGUGGUACUCAAGAGUGUUGAGGACGAAACGGAGUUCGCCAGUGGGCAACUGCGUAAAGGCAGGCUGUACGAGUGA